ACUUUUGGGAACAUCAAUUUUCAAUUUGGGUGCGGUGUUCCCACGGAAUGUAAAUAGUGUAACACUGCUUAUCCGGAACACGUGAAGUUGCUCUAGGGUCGCAAAGAUCUGAUUGGGGAAUAUUAUUUUUGUGUUCCAAAUUCGAAGUAUUUCAGGAUGGUUUUCUUCACCUGCAAUGCAUGUGGAGAAUCAUUAAAGAGGGCACAAGUAGAUAAACACCUGAAUAUUUGUCGGCACUGUCAGUGUUUGUCGUGUAUUGACUGUGGUAAGGAUUUCUGGGGAGAAGACUAUAAAACGCACCUUAAAUGCAUCAGUGAAGAUCAGAAAUACGGAGGCAAAAGCUAUGAAGCCAAGAGUAACAAGGGAGAUGUGAAACAGCAGCAGUGGAUUCAGAAAAUCCAUGAAGCAGUGAAUAAACCAGGAAUCAGUCCAAAAUUACGUGAGGUGCUGUCCCAAGUGAGCUCCUACGACAAUGUUCCAAGAAAAAAAGGAAAGUUUCAGAACUGGAUGAAGAACAGUUUAAGGAUCUCUAACACAACAUUGUAUGACCAAGUGUGGGAAAUCUUUUCUGCAGCAACAAGCAAUCAGAGCCAGUCUCAAGAGGGUAUAAGCAGCCAGCCUGAUGAGUGUGAGGAUAAAGUACAGGUCUCUGUGACAAAGGACAGCACCAGUUCAAGCGACAAAAAGAAGAAUAAACGAGAGCGGAAGGAGGAAAGACAGAAAAAGAGCAAAAAAGAAAAGAAAGUUUUGAGAAUGGAAAAGCAAGAGGAGGAGGAAAAUGACCAAGCUUUUAGGCUUGAGCCUAGAGAUGAAGACUCAGAAGAGGAGCUGGAGGGCAGACCUACGGAAAACCAGAGGGAGAAGAAGAAAGGAAAGAACAAGCUUGCUACACCUGUAGAGGUUAAUGGAACAGAACAUAUCAAAGCUGGGGUUACCAGCAAAAAGUGCAAGAAACGCAAACAUGACAACUUGGAAGAUAAUCAAACAUCCAAGCAGAUGAAGAUGGAAACUGAAGACAAUGCAGAGUGUGAGAAUGAAAGUAAAGGCAAGUUUAAUUGGAAAGGAACAAUAAAAAGCAUCUUAAAACAGAACCCUGAAGAUGGCAUUUCAGUUAAAAAAUUGAGAAAGAAGGUUUUAGCAGCAUACUAUGCUUUCAGUGGGGAAGGAAAUCACAAAUCUGAAGAAGAGCUGCUUUCCCUGUUCAAGAAGAAAAUCGCCAACAACCCUAAGUUUAGAGUUUUGAAAGAUAAAGUAACACUUGUAAAAUAAUUAGUUUAUUUUUUAGUGUUGCAAAAUUAUACUUAAUGUAAAAUCUUAACUAGUCAUCUACUUUAAAUUUCUGCUUUACAUCAGCUGUAAAAUACGUUCCAUAUGUACUCUUGGAUUAUAAAUACAUUUUAUUGAAAGCAGUUUUGAAUUUAGGACUGAAGCUUUUGUAUUUUUUGUGAUAUCUUUUAUGUCUUAACUCUCUUACAGCAUCUUAUUCAACAGUUAACUAAAGGUUGUUCACCCCCUCUGCAGUUCUUACGGUCUUGUGGACGAUACAGAUGUUAAUGAAAUAAAUAUUUGUUUUUUUAAACACUUGGUGUUACUUUUGCAUAAGAAGACAGAUUCAAUAUAUACAGGGAGAAAGACGUACAUGUUUCCCUUUAUAUACUCUGUGCUGUAAUGUGUAGUCAAAGAUACCUGGAAUUGAGGACAUCACACUCAAUCUUUGGCUAACUAAUGCUUGAAUUAUGUCAUUUCAGAGUUUAGUAUUAAUAAAACUGCUUUUGUGUCAUGGA